AUGGCACCCAAAGGAAAAGGUGUCCAAUCUUUGCCGAAAGCUCGUAAGAAAGUGUCUGUCAAAAAGGUCAAAAAAGCGCCACAAGUGGGUACCAAAGUUGAAGUCAGAGAUACCACGGAGGCUAUCGAGAAGGCCGAGAACGAGAAAAAUAAUGACGAGGAAGUCCCUGACAUUGAUUGGACAGAUACUUUGACCUGGUCCCUCGUCAGCGCCGUGACAUCUGAUGACACCAUCCGAAAGGGCUUGUACCCUGAACCAGGUGCAAAUGUGUCAACUAAAAAUGGAGGAGGUGCAAAGAAAACAGAACACCACUGGGCACUCUGUAAGGUUCUGUUUGAUGGCCACAAGGAGUAUGGCAGUGCAUUCGAAAUCGUACUCAGCAACCCAAAAGAAAAAGCCUUGCGACAAGCAUGGGUGCGAAAGAUCAAAAACCGAAUGCAGACGUAUGUCGUCGUUUGUUUAGAACGAAAAACACUCACAUAUGUCAAGGAGAUGGGGACAACAGGAGCUGGCAUUGAGCAUGAGGAAGAUAUCGACAUGAGUCAGGUGAACAGCUUUACUACAAGAUGGGGUAAUGUCACAACCCAAUAA